CAACCGCGCCGUUCGUUCCGGUGGUGCAGUUAACUUGUGCUUAACUAUUUAACUGUGGAUAUUAACUUUGAACUAUACACACGAUAUAGCAAAAGAAGCAAGAAAGAUAAAAAAGUUAGUUCAAAGUUACCAAUACAGAGAUUUCAUUCGUUUUAACUUUUGGUGUCCUAAAACAUAUCUACCUCAUCAAAUGGAUUAUUUUAGGGUUUUGAGUAUUCUAUCACUGAGCGUGGUACCACUGGUGUGCGGGGAGCCCCCCGUCCAAGGUUACCACUACCAGCCAAAUAGUUACAACCACAAUGCUUUCAACAGGCCCUCUGAUACAUAUCUACCACCUAAAACCGGUUUAGCGCUCCCUAGCAGCUACCUACCACCGAACUCCUUCACAACCCCGGGACAGUAUGACAACGGCCAGUCCCACCACCAAGCAAGUCACCAUCACCACCAUGGAAAUGAAAAUGAAGUUCCAAAGUCGUACGAGUUCGGUUAUUCGGUGAAAGACGCGCAGUCCGGCAACGAUUACGAUCGGCGUGAGAUGUCGGAUGGCAACGUGGUGCGCGGCGAGUACCGCGUGCAGCUGCCGGAUGGGAGGACGCAGAUAGUGACAUACCACGCGGACUGGCAGACCGGCUUUCAUGCGAAUGUGCGGUAUGAGGGACAGGCGAGAUAUCCCGACACUCAUAAUAAUAACCAAGGGUAUAAUUACAAUGCACCACAGUUUACCGGAUCCAUAAACGGAUUGAAUUCCCCGGGGACCAGCUACAAACCUUCCACGGCGUAUGGACCACCGGGAUAUCAAUAACCUUUAUCUUAAGUAAUUUAACAAAUAAAAAUAUUUUUACUAAUUAUAUUUCAUUUAAUAUAUUU